AGGAACUCACACACCCUGACAAUCUACCUGUCUGUCUACAGCUGCGUGACCAUCAGCCCCUGCCAUGUCUCUCUCUCCAUGCCGGACUCAGAGGGGCUUCAGUGCUCGCUCAGCCUGUUCUGCCCCAUCGAGCUGCCAUGGCAGGGGCAACUUCAGUAGCAGGAGCCUUAGUUCCUUUGGCGGGUGCCGAGGGGUCUCUGGUGGGAGGACUUGGGGGUCAGGAGGAAGGCUGGGGAUGCGAUUUGGGGAGGGGAGAGGUGGGCUUGGGCUUUCCCUGUGCCCUCCGGGGGGCAUCCAAGAAAUAACCAUCAACCAGAAUCUGCUGACCCCAUUGAAGAUUGAGAUCGACCCCCAGUUCCAGACAGUACGGACCCAGGAGACCCAAGAGAUCAGAACCCUCAACAACCAAUUUGCUUCCUUUAUUGACAAGGUGCGAUUCCUGGAGCAGCAGAACAAGGUGCUGGAGACCAAGUGGUACUUGCUCCAGCAGCAGGGGGUGAGUGGCAGCUCCCAGGGCCUGGAAUCUUUCUUUGAGGACUACCUGGCCCAUCUCAGGAAGCGGCUAGAGCUGCUCCAGAAAGAACGAGGGGCUCUGGAUGCUGAGCUGAAGACCUGCCAGGACCAGGAGGAGGAAUAUAAGGCCAAGUAUGAGCAAGAGGCCUACACUCAUGCCACCGUUGAGAAUGACUUUGUAGUUCUCAAAAAGGAUGUGGAUGGGGUCUUCCUGAGCAAGAUGGAGUUGGAAGGCAAGCUGGAGGCUUUGAGAGAAUACAUCUGCUUCUUGAGGCAUCUGUAUGAAGAAGAGCUGAGCCAGCUCCAGAUUCAGGUCAGUGACACGUCUGUGGUGCUGUCCAUGGACAACAACCGCUGCCUGGACUUCAGUGACAUCAUCGCUGAGGUCCACGCCCAGUACGAGGAGAUCGCUCGAACCAGCAAGGCUGAGGCUGAGGCACUGUACCAGACCAAGUACCAUGAGCUUCAGGCAUCUGUCCAGUUUCAUGGGGACAACAUGAGGGAAACCAAAGCCCAGAUCUCCCAGCUGCACAAAACCAUUCAGAGGAUGCAGGGUCAGAUCGAGAACCUCAAGAAGCAGAAUGCCAACCUGCAGUCUUCCAUUGUUGAUGUGGAGCAGCGUGGGGAGCUGGCCCUCAAGGAUGCUCAGGCUAAGCUGGAGGAGCUGGAGGCUGCUCUGAGAAAGUCCAAGGAAGACCUAGCCCGCCUGCUGCGGGACUACCAGGAGCUGAUGAGCACAAAGUUGGCCCUGGACGUGGAAAUUGCCACCUACCGCAGGCUGCUGGAGGGCGAGGAGUGCAGGAUGUCUGGGGAGUGCACCAGCCAGGUCACAAUCUCUACGGUGGGGGACAGCACGAUGGUGUCUGGAGGAGUCAGUGGAGACGUGGUGGGCACUUGUGGACUUGGAGGUGGGAAAGGUAGUUUUGGGUCCAGUUGCUCCAAUAUUGUGACUGGAGGCUCCAAUGUCAUCCUGGACUCCCAGAAGGGCUCUGUGUUGGGCUCCUGCUCUGUGUCUGGUUCUGGUUCUGGUUCUGGCUCCAGCUCCAGUUCCACUUCCCACACCAUUCUGAUGAAGACAGUCGAGUCAACUCUGAAGACAUCCAUCACAUACUGA